AUGAAUAAUAUUGGGUUUUUCGUUUUUUCCAGUUUAGUAUUAUCAGCAGCAGUUGUUGUUAAAGGAAAAGAUUCAGAAUGUGAAUGCGAAGAUAUUUUGAAUAAAAUACUACAAAAGCUGUACGCAAACUCCGGAGAAAUUCAGAAAACUAUUAAUGAAUUGGAAAAAGAUUUAAAAAAAAUAAAUAAUCAAGCCGAUGAAAAUACUGAGAAAUUAUGUAAAAUCGAAAAUCAAAUUGAAAAAUUGAAUAUCGAACAAAAUGCUAUUUUAAAUAUUGUGAACAGUCACACGACAGGGCUCGAUAAUAUUGAUAAUUCUAUACAAAAAAUUAUUAAAAACGAAGAACAUCUUGAACAGGUUUUGGAAGGUAACAGUUGUUUGAUGGAUGAGCUAAAGAGGAUUUUGCUUGAAGUUCGGGACUGUGUAUGUAAAGAUGAUACAACUAGCAGUUCCACUACUACAGAGACCACUACUUAUAAAGAUAUUACUCCCACUACAAGUACUACAGAGACUACUACUUUCACAGAGACUACUACAUUAGAUACUGAUAGCUAUACGUAA